AUGGCCGAACGCCCGUCGACCGAGAACUACACCAGAAAAAGCACAGCUAAGCAAUCCUCAACACGAGGCUCAAUGCUGAAUGCGUACCUUAUCUUUUCGUCCCUUUGUGCCUUGACUGCACUCGUUAUCUCCGCAAUUUCAUUGCAUCGAGCCAAUGAGGCACUGUCAUUCAAAUCGUCAAUGUUCAUCGCUGAUCUCGAACGCACAUUCAACAGCACUGCUUAUGCCAUCGCGGAUCCCGGCUACGGCGCGUUUAGGCCGGACUGUUCUAAUCUAACUGCCGAGACGGUGACCGGCCAGACAUCAACCCCGGGAGAAUGCGUUACCGUUACAGACAGUUAUGAUCUGUGGGUGACAAGGCUUGCUGAGAAUUGCACUCCAUAUGUCUACGCAGAUGCGAAUUGUACUGGAACCAGCAGACCUAUUGCGGAUGGUAAUUUUCCUCUCAAGGUACCGCAAUGUGUUGUUGCGGCUGGCUCAGGGGACUUGAAAGGCGACGAGAACAGUACUUAUAACAGUUUCCAGAUAGUGUGUACUUGA